AUGUCCAAGUUCAGACAGUUCUUCCGCACUUUCUUCCAACAACCGCCCAUACGUCCCGGUACUAAGAAGGCUUCAGCAACGCCGGCCUCCGUGCUCGCCCUUUCAAUGGCCUCAUAUUCAACCACCGUCACCAAGAUCCCAGACCUUGGUCCCUCGCCCGAGGAUGCCUCAUCUAAGCCUCAUCACGUCACGAAAAACGGCAACAGAGUCGGCUUCAAGAACGUCCACCCUUCCUUUGGUGAUGGCAUCGGCUUUUCCAAGAUGGUCCGCCAUGUCCUCUGGCCGCAAGUGACGGGUGAGCUCAAGUGGCCAGACACCACGCCGCCAACAGUGACCGUCAAAAAGCCAGAGUUCCUGCCCAACCGCACAGCCUCAGACAAGCUCCGCGCAACAUGGCUGGGCCACGCCUGCUACUACGUAGAAUUCCCUUCCGGCCUGCGCGUCCUCUUUGACCCUGUCUUUGAAGACCGCUGCUCCCCCUUCUCAUUUAUGGGUCCCAAACGCUUCACCCCCAAACCCUGCGACCUCGCCGACAUACCCUUUGUCGACGCCGUCUUCAUCAGCCACAGCCACUACGACCACCUCUCCCACGAAUCCGUCCUCACCAUCCAGAAGCACAACCCAAAGGCCCACUUCUUUGUCGGCCUCGGCCUGGAGUCCUGGUUUAAGAGCGCCGGCCUCAAGAACGUCACGGAACUCGACUGGUGGGAGGACGCCGAAAUCACCCUCAACAUCGACAAGGGCGUCGACGAGGCGCCCGAGUCCAUCACCGCCCAGGUCUCCUGCCUCCCCUGCCAGCACACCUCCGCCCGCACGCCCUUUGACAAGGACACGACACUCUGGGCCUCGUGGGGCGUCAAGUCGUCUGGCAAGUCGGUCUGGUUCGGCGGCGACACGGGAUACCGCGCCGUGCCGUGGACCCCGCUCGAUGUCGAUGACUACGGUCCAAAGUACGCCCACCUGCCCAUGUGCCCGCAGUUCAAGCAGAUUGGUGAAUUCCGAGGACCGUUUGACCUCGGCCUGAUCCCCAUCGGUGCAUACUAUCCCCGUGUUGCCUUCUCAGGGAUGCACGCCAACCCGUUCGAUUCCGUCGAGAUCUUCCAGGAUACCAGGUGUCAGCGUGCCAUGGGCAUUCAUUGGGGAACAUGGGCCCUGACUAUGGAAGAGGUUCUGGAGCCGCCCAAGCUUCUUCAGGAAGCCAUGAAGAAGAAGGGCUUGCCCCCGACUGGCGUGUUUGAUGUGUGUGAGAUUGGAGAGAGCAGGGACUUUUAG